AUGGAUGAUCGGAAACCGCCCAGCCAGGCCAAAGACUGUGAGGUGCCAGCCGACGGGGGUGCGUUUUCGGAAGAGCGGGGUGGCGCGGAAGGAGACCCCCUGAAGCCGCCGGAAGGGGCCCCCACUGCCCAGGAGCCGGAAGCCAAGGAGCCGCCCCAGGCUUGCAGCGCCCUGCCCAGGCGUUGCGCCCUCUGCAACUGCGGCGAGUGGCGCCUGCAUGGGCAGGGGAAGCUCCAGCGUUUCGAGCCGGCGCCCGACUGGACUGAGCGUCUCUCCGGGCUGCCGGCCGGGAGGGGCCCUGGCGAGACUCUGGCCCCUGGGGGCGACCUGUCCCUGAUCGGCUUCGCGGAGGGGGUGUCGCCAGGAGAGCUCUUCGAGCCAACGGGGCACUGCUGGGCCCACCACUGGUGCGCUGCCUGGUCGGCGGGGGUGCAGCGGCAGGCCGGAGCCGGGCUGAGCAACGUGGACAAAGCUGUUUUCUCAGGGAUCUCGCAGAAAUGUGAACACUGUCAGAGGAUGGGUGCUACCAUUCAGUGCCACUCGGAGGGGUGUCCGCGGCACUACCACUUCCCGUGCGCGGCGGCCAGCGGCUCCUUCCAGUCUAUGAAAACCCUCUGGCUCCUGUGCCCGGAGCACGUGAGCGAGGCAGUGCAGAUGGAGGACUCGCGAUGCAUGGUUUGCGACGGGCCGGGGGACCUGCGCGACCUGCUCUUCUGCACCAGCUGCGGGCUGCACUACCACGGCACCUGCCUGGACGUCCCCGUCACGCCGCGCAAGCGCUCUGGCUGGCAGUGUCCCGAGUGCAAAGUCUGCCAAACAUGCAGACAGCCCGGCGCGGACUCCAUGAUGCUGGUGUGCGAGGCCUGUGACAAGGGCUACCACACGUUCUGCUUGAAGCCGGCCAUCGAGAGCCUUCCCACGGACUCCUGGAAGUGCAAGAACUGCCGGGUGUGCUCUGACUGUGGGUCACGGCCGGCGGCGCUCGACCCCGGGUGCCACUGGUAUGAGAACUACUCGGUGUGUGAAGGGUGUCAGCGGCACCGGAACGCAGCGGGAGGCACCGAUGCCGCGCGGCGCUGCCAGAAGCCCUUGCCCCCGGAUGGCAGCGACGUGGCAGGGGGUUCCACCUGCCUGGCGUGUCAAGGGCAGCAGAAGCACCCGCAGCCGGACGGGGCCGUGCCCCAGGAAGAGAUGCCCUCGGGGUGUGAAGCCAAACCACUAGGUCCCGCUCCAGAGGCGGAGGAGCCGGAGGAGGCGCCAGGCCCGGCAGCACCUGCCAAGGACGAGGCGACAGAGCCAACACCCCCCGAGACGGCCCCUGAACCACCAGCCCCGCCCCCAGCCCCCCCAGGCUCCGAGCCGACCAAUGAAGUAGGGCGCUAUUGA